AAGUGCCAAAAUGGCGAUAUCUAAACUCUAGAACAUGAUUGUCCGCUUUUUUUUUUUUUUCCUUCCUAAAAGCUGGUGGCUACCGGCUCCGCCUCCUCAGAGUGAAAUCAUGAAGGUCGUAAACCUAAAGCAAGCCAUUUUGCAAGCCUGGAAGGAGCGAUGGAGUGACUACCAAUGGGCAAUCAACAUGAAGAAAUUCUUUCCCAAAGGAGCCACUUGGGACAUUCUCAACCUGGCAGAAGCCCUGUUGGAGCAGGCUAUGAUUGGACCUUCCCCCAACCCUCUCAUCUUAUCCUACCUGAAGUAUGCUAUUAGCUCCCAGUUUGAUGACUUUUCCCGGGACCUGUGUGUCCAGGCACUGCUGGACAUCAUGGACAUGUUUUGUGACCGUCUGAGUUGUCAUGGCAAAGCGGAAGAGUGCAUUGGGCUGUGUCGAGCCCUUCUCAGCGCCCUCCACUGGCUGCUGCGCUGUACUGCAGCUUCUGCAGAACGGGUCCGGGAGGGGCUGGAGGCGGGCACCCCAGCAGCCGGGGAGAAGCAGCUGGGGAUGUGUCUGCAGCGGCUGGAGAAGACUCUGAGCAGCACCAAGAACCGGGCGCUGCUCCACAUCGCCAAACUCGAGGAGGCCUCUUCAUGGACUACCAUCGAACAUUCACUCUUGAAGCUUGGGGAGAUCCUGGCCAAUCUCAGUAAUGCCCAGCUACGGAGCCAGGCUGAGCAGUGUGGCACACUCAUUAGGAGCAUUCCCACAAUGCUGUCUGUACACUCAGAGCAGCUGCACAAGACUGGCUUCCCCACGGUCCAUGCGGUGGUCUUGCUUGAGGGAACCAUGAACUUGACAGGCGAGACACAGCCCCUGGUGGAGCAGCUGAUGAUGGUGAAACGCAUGCAGCACAUUCCCACCCCCCUCUUUGUCCUGGAGAUCUGGAAAGCUUGCUUUGUGGGGCUCAUUGAGUCCCCUGAGGGUACGGAGGAGCUCAAGUGGACGGCCUUCACCUUCCUCAAGAUUCCACAGGUUUUGGUGAAGCUGAAGAAAUACUCUCACGGGGACAAGGACUUCACUGAGGACGUUAAUUGUGCGUUUGAGUUCCUGCUGAAGCUCACACCGUUACUCGACAAAGCGGAUCAGCGCUGCAACUGUGAUUGUACAAAGUUCCUACUUCAAGAAUGCAGCAAGCAGGGGCUUCUGUCAGAAGCCAGUGAGACCAACCUGGUGUCUAAGCGCACAGCAGACCGGGAGCAUGCGCCCCAGUUAAAAUCAGCAGAAAAUGCCAACAUCCAGCCCAAUCCUGGGCUGAUCCUCCGGGCAGAGCCCACAGUUACCAACAUCCUCAAGACGAUGGAUGCUGACCACUCCAAGUCCCCAGAGGGGCUAUUGGGAGUCCUGGGCCAUAUGCUGUCUGGGAAGAGUCUGGACUUGUUGCUGGCUGCUGCUGCCGCUACUGGGAAGCUGAAAUCCUUUGCCCGGAAAUUCAUCAACUUGAAUGAAUUCACGACCCAUGGCAGCGAAGAAAGCACCAAAGCAGCUUCAGUUCGUGCCUUGCUCUUUGACAUCUCCUUCCUCAUGCUGUGCCACGUGGCCCAGACUUACGGCUCAGAGGUGAUUCUGUCAGAGUCAAGCACAAGAGCAGAGGUGCCCUUCUUUGAGACCUGGAUGCAGACCUGCAUGCCUGAGGAAGGCAAAAUCCUGAACCCUGACCACCCUUGCUUCCGGCCAGACUCCACCAAAGUGGAAUCCUUGGUGGCCCUGCUCAAUAACUCCUCAGAGAUGAAGCUGGUGCAGAUGAAGUGGCAUGAAGCCUGUCUCAGCAUCUCAGCGGCCAUCUUGGAAAUCCUCAAUGCUUGGGAGAAUGGGGUACUGGCCUUCGAGUCAAUCCAGAAAAUCACAGAUAAUAUCAAGGGAAAGGUAUGCAGCCUGGCAGUGUGUGCGGUGGCUUGGCUUGUGGCCCACGUCCGGAUGCUGGGACUGGACGAGCGUGAGAAAUCGCUGCAGAUGAUCCGGCAGCUGGCAGGGCCGCUGUAUAGUGAGAACACCCUACAGUUCUACAAUGAGAGGGUGGUGAUCAUGAGCUCCAUCCUGGAGCAUAUGUGUGCUGACGUGCUGCAGCAGACGGCCACACAGGUCAAGUUCCCAUCCACGGGUGUGGACACCAUGCCCUACUGGAACUUGCUGCCCCCCAAGCGACCCAUCAAGGAGGUGCUGACAGAUAUCUUUGCCAAGGUGCUGGAGAAGGGGUGGGUGGACAGCCGUUCUAUUCACAUCUUUGACACCCUGCUGCACAUGGGCGGCGGCUACUGGUUCUGCAACAACCUGAUUAAGGAGCUGUUGAAGGAGACCCGGAAGGAGCACACGCUGCGGGCAGUGGAGCUUCUCUACUCCAUCUUCUGUCUGGACAUGCAGCAGGUGACCCUGGUCCUGCUGGGCCACAUCCUGCCAGGCCUGCUCACCGACUCCUCCAAGUGGCACAGCCUCAUGGAUCCCCCAGGCACUGCUCUUGCCAAGCUAGCUGUAUGGUGUGCCCUGAGUUCCUACUCAUCCCACAAGGGACAGGCAUCCUCCCGCCAAAAGAAGAGACACCGUGAAGACAUCGAGGAUUAUAUCAGCCUCUUCCCACUGGAUGACAUGCAGCCGUCUAAGCUGAUGCGCCUGCUGAGCUCCAAUGAGGAGGAUACCAACAUCCUCUCCAGCCCCACUGACCGAUCCAUGUGCAGCUCCUUCUCGGCCUCCCAGCUUCACACUGUCAACAUGCGAGACCCUCUAAACCGAGUCCUGGCCAACCUGUUCCUGCUCAUUUCCUCCGUGUUGGGAUCACGGACGGCGGGCCCCCACACCCAGUUUGUGCAGUGGUUCAUGGAGGAGUGUGUGGACUGCUUGGAGCAGGGUGGCCGGGGCAGCAUCCUGCAGUUCAUGCCCUUUACCACGGUAUCGGAACUGGUGAAAGUGUCAGCCAUGUCCAGCCCCAAAGUUGUUCUGGCCAUCACAGAUCUCAGCCUGCCCCUGGGCCGCCAAGUGGCUGCCAAGGCCAUUGCAGCCCUCUGAGGACCUUGGAGCAGCCACAGGAGUUGGCUGGGGAGAGUCCCUAGCUCCUGACGCCUCUGAAGGGAACAGUGAGGAAAGAUGAGACAUCAUUGCUCAGAUCUCCAUGAUACAAGAGCCUUCCGUUGGUUUCUAGAUCUUUUUCCUGCUUCUCUGCUGCUGACCUCUAGGACAUCUCCUGGUGUCUUUGGCAUCUUCCUCUCUCCUCUCCUAGUGCCUGGAGUAUGAG